AUGGGGACUAUCGCUGGGGACGAGCUGUCGGAGUGGGAGGAGGCCCAGGAGACGGCGAGUGAGAGCAUUGCCGGGGAAGACGGAGGAGGAGACAGCGGAGGCUUCGACGGCGGCGGGAAGGAGAGGAUUCGCGUGUCGGUGAGGCUGCGGCCGCUGAACGAGGAGGAACUCGCAAGGAACGACCCGUCGGACUGGGAAUGCAUCAACGACACCACCAUUAUCUUCAGGAACACCAUGUCUGAUAGAUCGACGCUCCCACCCACCGCCUACAGCUUUGGUAAGGCAUCUUGUUUUCCCCCAAAUUGUGAUCUUCUCUCUGGUUAAUUCCUCUCUCUCUCUCUCUCUCUCUCUCUUCAUCAUCUUCUUCUUCUUCCUCCUCCACUGGGGGGGAUUGUGAUCACAGACAGAGUAUUCUCCUGCGACUGCGGCACAAGGCAAGUGUAUGAAGAGGGAGCCAAAGAGGUGGCUCUGUCAGUGGUCAGCGGCAUAAACGGUGGGCACAUCUCAUCCCGCUCAUCUUCUUCUUCCUCGUCUGAAAAACACAUUUAGAGAGAGAGAGUGAGAGAGAGAGAGAGAGAGGGAUGAUCUCAGUGAGGAACCUGCUGUUUCAGCAAGCAUCUUCGCAUAUGGACAGACGAGCAGUGGGAAGACGUACACCAUGACAGGGAUCACAGGGCUGGCUGCGACUGAUAUCUACGGCUACAUAGAGAGGGUAAGGGAUUCCAAUUCUGGGCUUUUUUGAGAUCAGCUAAAGACGGAGCCUUUACACAUAUUUUGGUCUCAUUGAUCAUCUUCUCUACUGGGUCCUGACUAAAUUUCGCAUCCCAGCACAAGGAAAGGGAAUUCGUGCUGAAAUUCUCAGCCAUGGAGAUUUACAACGAGUCCGUUAGGGAUCUCCUCAGCACUGACAAUACUCCGCUCAGGCUUCUUGAUGAUCCCGAUGUAAGAAAGAAAAACCUUAAUUUGGUAACAAAAUGUGUUGGGUUCUUGAUCUCAUGAUGGUUUUGUUUCUCUUUAUAACAAUCUGUGUAGAGGACAACCAUCGUUGAGAAACUCACAGAGGAAACAAUCAGGAACUGGGAGCAUGUCAUGGAACUUCUGUCGAUCUGUGAAGGUCACAAACAAACCUUUGCUGAAUGAUGUUUCUCUGAUCCUCGAUGCCCCACCCCGUGUUCUUAAAAACGUUCUAUAUUUACUUCUGCAGAGCAGAGGCAGAUUGGAGAGACCUCGUUGAACAAGACGAGCUCUAGAUCGCACCAGAUUAUCAGACUGGUAUAUCCUCAUCUCAUCAGAUCAGUCCGCGUGAACUCUUCUCCAGAUUGGUGCUCAAUCCUUCUUCCAAAAUGGGUUUUUGCAGACGAUCGAGAGCUCUGCUCGUGAAUUUUUGGGCAGGAUGAGCGCAAGCACCCUCGCUGCCAGCGUGGUAUGGUGCCUCACCAUGGAUCAGCUGGCGCGUCAUAUUUCCAAAUAUGGGAGGAUUUAGUGAAUUUGAUGCUAAAUUGGGUAAACUUUUUUCUUUUUUUUGGGUGCAGCAUUUCGUUGAUCUGGCGGGGAGCGAGCGGGCAUCCCAGGCAAUGUCAGCAGGCGCAAGGUUGAAGGAAGGAUGUCACAUCAACCGCAGUUUGCUCACUCUAGGAACCGUAAUUCGCAAGCUAAGGUUGCUCUUCAAUCCAUGCCCAAGAUUUUAUUUUAUGGAGUUGCAUUGUUUUAAUCUUAUUUUUGAUAAAAUAUUAUGUUGAUUCUAACCAUGCGGGGAAAAUAAAAGCCUACAAUUUUUCAUUUAUGGAUGCUGCCAAUCUAGUUUAUGCAGAUUCUAGUGAACUUUUUCUUGCUUUUAUUUAGUAAAAAGUGGUGAAUCUAAUUGCAGCUGAUUAUUUAAUUUAGUUUCAUCGAAUGUGUUCUUCAUCACCAGGUCAUCGAAUAAUUUAUUUUUUUAAAAUUUCCUGUGGCCAUCAUUUUUCUCUCAGAAAAACCAGGAGAAUUUCCCAGAAGAUGUAAAUCCGUCCUCCAAAUUUUAAAUCAACUGCCUACAGAUCUCCCAUAAAUAGAGAUUUUUCUUCUUUUGAAAUCUUCAUAAUUUGACCGAUUUAUCCUCGUAAUGAUUGGCUGAUUUGAGGUCAACGUUUCCUGAAUCAGGAGUCCUUGUUUUGUUUUUUUUUUUUUUAAUGAUCAUCCCCAUUUAAUAUGCUGAUUACUGAACAAUUUCUGCCAUGAGCUUUCCUUUCAGCAAGGGUCGGACCGGGCACAUCCCCUACAGGGACUCCAAGCUGACUCGCAUCCUUCAGCCGUCCCUGGGAGGCAACGCCCGGACGGCGAUCAUCUGCACGAUGAGCCCGGCCCGGAGCCACAUCGAGCAGUCAAGGAACACCCUCUUGUUCGCAACGUGUGCCAAGGAGGUGGUCACCAGCGCGCAGGUCAACGUGGUCAUGUCCGACAAGGCCCUGGUGAAGCAUCUGCAGAGGGAGCUGGCGAGGUUGGAGGGCGAGCUGAGACGCCCCAGAGCUGUUUCCAUGAACAAUUAUGCCGAGGAAAUGCUGAGGGAGAAGGACGGCCGGAUCCAACAGGUAGCCCCCCCGAGAAAUUUCCCAACUGUGUGCAGUCAAGAACCGGUUUUUAUCCUUUUCUUCUUCCUUCGAUGAUGAUGAUGAUGGUGACUUUGUGUGAUCUGCAGAUGGAGAACGAUAUCAGGGAGGUGACCCGGCAGCGGGAUCUGGCCAGGUCUCAGCUCGAGGAUCUGCUGCUCAGGACCGUGGGGGACGACCAGGAGUCGAGCCACCAGGUACCCACAUUGGACGAUUUGAUUCUGGUUUCAAGGGUGAUUUCUUGUUUCUCGCAGCAUCACCAUGUCUGGUUUCUCCAGGAGGGGAUUUUCAGAGGUUCCACCUCGGAUCUGCCCAGUGCCUGUGGAGAUGAUCUCUCCGUGGACAACUCAUCCGAGAUUCUUCACUCUGGGUUCUUGGAGACCAUCUCGCCUCAGGAUUACCCCACCGAGGAUGCUAAUUACAGUAAGAACCGCCAGCGAUCUUCAGAAAUCUCUAGUGGGUAUUACCCGGCUUCCCCUCAGAGCUCAGCCGGCGGCGUGAGCAGCGAGGGGGGAGCUCCUACCAGAGGAGGGGGAGAGUUUCUCUCUCUGGACGCUCGCCCGGAGAUGGACGACCUCUGUAAGGAAGUGCAGUGCAUAGAGGUGGAAGAGGUGAGUACGAUCAGGAACGAGAGGUCCAGUGGCCUUCUGACCUCUGAGAAUGGCCAUGGAGACUGGAACGCGGAAGGCCGAGCUUCGUCUUCCUCCAUGAGCCGCCGCCUGAGCAGGAGCAGGAGCUGCCGAGCGGCUCUCAUGGCGAGCUCCCCCUGCCCUUGGUUUCCGGAAGAGGAACAGGUCGAGUACACGCCGCCGGGCAGUAGCUUUCUCGGGGAUUCCCAUCAGAGGAGGCCUGAAGAUUUCCGCAGAAGGCUCUUCCCGCUGAACUAUGGAGUCAACGGCGAGGCUCCUUCUCCGACGACCGUCUGCAGCUCGAAGGCCGCUCAAACCCCGCCUCGAGAGGACGUAGACGAUGGGCAGGUGCGAACUCUCCAUCUCUCUCUCUCUCUCUCUCUCUCUCUCUCUCUCUCUCUCGCUCUAGCCGACUGGUUUGAUGGGUGCAGGAUGAGAAGGGCAGCGGGAGCUCUGUGACGGGGAGGUCCAUCAAGGACGCGGGUGUGGAUCCGAUGAUGUCGCCGGCGGGAUGGCCGGAGGAGUUCGAGCGGCGGCGGUUGGAGAUAAUCGCGCUGUGGCACUCCUGCAACGUCUCCCUGGUCCACCGGACAUUCUUCUUCCUCCUCUGCAAGGGAGACCCCGCAGAUUCCAUCUACAUGGAGCUUGAACUCCGGCGACUCUCCUUCCUCAAGCGCGCUCUCGCCGGCGGCCAUGCCAGCAACAUCUCGGCGACCUCAAAGUUCGACCCCCUCUCUCUCUCUCUUUCUCUCUCUCUAAAUCUCUCCGUCCCUCUAAUUUGUGGGUGUUGGCAGUACGAGAGCUCUGCGGCGGGAGAGGGGGAUGCUCUGCCGGCAGAUGCAGAGGAAGCUAACGGCGGCGGAGAGGGAGGGGCUCUAUCGGCGGUGGGGGAUUCCGCUGCAGACGAAGCAGAGGAAGCUGCAGCUCGCCCACCUCGUCUGGACGGCCGCCGGCAGCGUCUACCACGCUGGCGAGAGCGCGGCGGUCGUCGCUAGGCUCGUCGGCGAGCCUGAUGACACCCACAAAGAGAUGUUCAUCCUAAGCUUCCCCGUCGGAAAAAGCCCCUGGCAGCGCCGCUGA